AUGAGCUCUGGCUUGACCAAAGACGGCACCGUCGAGAUCACUCACAAAACCAUCGGCCCGUCUCGGCCAUCUCGAAUUCGAGUGGCGUCUCAUAUCAAAGUUCGUGAUUUGAGGAAUGCGAUUGCGGAAAAGGGUCGAUUUCCCGUCGCGAAUCUGAGGAUGAUUCUUCGUGGGAAGGCACUUCAAGACGAGGAAGAUGGAGAUGAUGUGUACGUUACGCUCAAGGACGAAGAUUCCUUGAUCGUUGCUGUCAUACCAAAGCGACCAGUUGGAGUUGAGACCUUUGAUGAUGAUGAUGAUGAUGAUGAUGAGUUGAAGUUUCAGCUUCCGGCGUCAACAAGCCGGUGGAAGAGGAAGCUCUACUACUUUCUGCGUAACAAGUUGAAGCUUCCCGAUAUCAUUCUUAUGGGACUCUUCUCUCUAAGUCUAAAGAUGUGGGCUAUUAUCAUCUUGUGGUUUAUCUUGGCGCCUAUUGCCCAUCGUUGGGACCUUGGCCCUAUCUUUAUACUAGGGACUGGCUUUUCAAUCAUCUUGCUCAAUCUUGGUAAACGACAACCCGGUGAUGUCAGCGCAUAUUCCAUAUUCAACGAGGAUUUUAGAGAGCUUCCGGGUACGUAUAAUGCAGACCGUAUAGACCGGGACAUACGAGCAGGCCAGAUAUGA